GGAGGCGCCGCUGUCAUUCCUGCGCCGGAGGAGCCGGCGCUGCCGGUGCCUGAGGGUCGGGACGCGGGCGAGUCGGGCCGCGGGGAACCCAACAGGUAGAGCCGGGGGUGCCCGGCCGCGUGCCCCCCGCACAUCAUGCAGCUCUUUGUCACCUCUCUCGCCCCCAGGCCAAAAUCCUGAGCAUGAUGGAAGACAAUAAGCAGCUCGCUCUCCGCAUCGAUGGGGCGGUCCAGUCGGCCAGCCAGGAGGUGACCAACCUGCGAGCCGAACUCACGGCCACCAACCGGAGACUGGCGGAACUGAGCAGCGGCGGCGGCCCCGGCCCGGGCCCGGGCGCCGUGGCCAGCGCCUCGGCGGCAGUGGACUCGGCAGCGGCGAACAUGGAGAACCACCAGCACUGCGCGCAAGUGCUCCUGCGGGAAGAAGUCUCUCGGCUCCAGGAGGAAGUGCACCUUCUCCGGCAGAUGAAGGAGAUGCUGGCGAAGGACCUGGAGGAGUCCCAGGGUGGCAAGUCGUCAGAGGUCCUCUCAGCCACCGAGCUCAGGGUGCAGCUGGCCCAGAAAGAGCAGGAGCUAGCCAGAGCCAAAGAAGCCUUGCAGGCCAUGAAAGCCGACCGGAAGCGCUUAAAGGGUGAGAAGACGGACCUGGUGAGCCAGAUGCAGCAGCUGUACGCCACACUGGAGAGCCGUGAGGAGCAGCUCCGCGACUUCAUCCGCAACUACGAGCAGCACCGCAAGGAGAGCGAGGAUGCAGUCAAAGCCCUGGCCAAGGAGAAAGACCUGCUGGAGCGUGAGAAAUGGGAGCUGAGGCGUCAAGCCAAGGAGGCCACGGACCACGCCACGGCACUGCGCUCCCAGCUGGACCUCAAGGACAACCGGAUGAAGGAGCUGGAGGCUGAGCUGGCCAUGGCCAAGCAGUCCUUAGCUACUCUGACCAAGGACGUCCCCAAGCGGCAUUCACUCGCCAUGCCAGGUGAGACGGUGCUCAAUGGCAACCAGGAGUGGGUGGUGCAGGCCGACCUCCCGCUGACCGCAGCCAUCCGGCAGAGUCAACAGACACUCUACCACUCCCACCCGCCCCACCCUGCAGACCGGCAAGCGGUCAGGGUGAGCCCCUGCCACUCCCGGCAGCCCUCCGUCAUCUCCGAUGCAUCUGCCGCCGAAGGUGACCGGUCGUCCACACCAAGCGACAUCAACUCCCCUCGACACCGGACACACUCCCUCUGCAACGGCGACAGUCCCGGCCCAGUUCAGAAGAACCUUCACAACCCUAUUGUACAGUCACUAGAGGAUCUUGAAGACCAAAAACGGAAAAAGAAGAAAGAGAAGAUGGGAUUCGGCUCCAUCUCCCGCGUCUUCGCCAGAGGGAAGCAGCGGAAGUCCCUCGACCCCGGCCUCUUUGAUGACUCGGACAGCCAGUGCAGCCCCACGCGGCAGAGCCUCAGCCUGUCGGAGGGCGAGGAGCAGAUGGACCGGCUGCAGCAGGUGGAGCUGGUCAGGACCACGCCCAUGUCCCACUGGAAGGCGGGCACCGUGCAGGCCUGGCUGGAGGUGGUCAUGGCCAUGCCCAUGUACGUCAAGGCCUGUGCAGAGAACGUGAAGAGUGGAAAGGUGCUGCUGAGCCUGAGCGAUGAGGACCUGGAGCUAGGCCUGGGCGUGGGCAGCUCCCUGCACCGGCGCAAGCUCCGCCUGGCCAUUGAGGACUAUCGGGAUGCAGAGGCAGGCAGGAGCCUGUCCAAAGCUGCUGACUUGGACCAUCACUGGGUGGCCAAGGCCUGGCUCAACGACAUCGGCCUGUCCCAGUACUCCCAGGCCUUCCAGAACCAUCUGGUGGACGGGCGGAUGCUGAACUCCCUAAUGAAGCGGGACCUGGAAAAGCACCUGAAUGUGUCCAAGAAAUUCCACCAGGUCAGCAUCCUGCUGGGAGUGGAGCUGCUCUACCAAGUGAACUUCAGCAGGGAGGCCCUCCAGGAGCGCCGGGCCCGCUGUGAGACACAGAAUAUCGACCCUGUGGUCUGGACCAACCAGCGGGUACUCAAAUGGGUGCGAGAUAUUGAUCUGAAGGAGUACGCAGACAACCUGACCAACAGUGGCGUCCACGGCGCCGUGCUGGUGCUGGAGCCCACGUUCAACGCCGAGGCCAUGGCCACCGCCCUGGGCAUCCCCAGUGGGAAGCACAUCCUCCGGAGACACCUGGCGGAGGAGAUGAGCGCUGUCUUCCACCCGGCCAACUCCUCAGGCAUCCGGGAGGCUGAGCGUUUCGGAACGCCGCCUGGGAGGGCCUCCAGCAUCACCCGAGCAGGGAAGGAGGAGAACAGCGGGGGAAGCAAGUACAAGGCUGGCCGGCUGCCCCUGGGGAAGAUAGGAAGGGGCUUCAGCAGCAAAGACUCCGAGUUCCAUGAUGACUACGGCUCUCUUCAAAACGAAGACUGUGGCGACGAGGACCUCCAGGGCAGGCCGGAGCAGUGCCGUCUGGAAGGCUACAACGGCCUGGAGGUGACCAACGUGUAAGGCAUUGGUUCCCCCAGACCCAGCACAGAAA